GAAUUUUUAUAUAUGCGGACGUGAAAGACAUCGGAACAGGAACAGGAGUUUGUCAAGAGUUGACUAACGAAGAUAGCAGAAAAUCCACGCGUGCGAUGAUAAAAUUUAAGAGCUGUGAUUUUUUGUUUUAGUUGAUUUGAUGUGUCUUACUUCUUUAAGAAAGCUUAACGAUGUAGUAUAUUCUAUCAAUACGUGUAUGUAUGAUGACUACUAAUAUCGAAGGUUUAAAAAUAAAUACCGAUAAUAGCAACCUAAUGAACCAGGUUUUCUUGGUAAAAUACAAAACACCCUUAAAAUAUGUAGGGUUAAUAUUAUUGAUUUUUCAAAGUGCGAUUCAUGUUAUGGUCAUUCGUUUUUCUCGAGUUGGUACAGGAGGCAAGUAUUUUGCGAGCACUAUAGUGUUUUUGGCUGAGGUUUUAAAGCUAUUUUUUUGCUUGACAGUUGCACUGUUUAAAAUUAGAAAUUUUAAUUCUUUGAUUAUAUGUUUGCGUACUCACGUAUUCAAUAGAUUCAGCUACACCUCUAAAUUAUGCGUUUCAGCUAUUUUGUUUGUUAUUCAGAACAACCUUCAUUAUUUGUCAUUGUCUGAUUUGGACUCUAAUACUUUCCAAGUAAUUUAUCAAAUAAAAAUUUUGGUUACUGCUUAUUUCUCUGUAAUUUUACUCAAAAGAAAAAUUAAGAAAGUGCAAUGGGCAGCUCUAGUUCUCUUGUGUUUUGGGGUGUUAUUAAAUUUGCAACCUAGUCAGUUUUUCUCUUUAUACAGUAGACUUCAUGAUCAGUCACCUGUGGUAGGACUUCUCUCAAUACUAUUGUCAAGUGUUACCUCAGGUUUUGCCUGUGUUUAUUUUGAGAAGAUACUUAAAGAGUCAAAAAAUUCAAUUUGGUUGUUGAAUAUUCAACUUAGCUUUAUUGAGACAAUAGUUUCUUUAGUAACAAUGAUACUUAUUGAUGGCAUAAACAUUAACAAUCAUGGAAUGUGUUUUGGCUAUUCAAAGUUUGUUUGGUUAGCUAUUCUUCUUCAAGCUACCGGUAGCAUUUUAGUUGCCGUAGUAAUGACUUUUUCUGACAGUGUUCUAAAAUGCUUUUGUGUGGCAUUUUCUAUUAUUUUUUCUAGUAUUAGUAGUAUUUAUGUAUUUAAUUUAGUUUUGAGUGUUCAAUAUCUACUAGGAACAAUUGUAAUACUUUUUGCGUCAUAUUUAUAUUUAUCACAAGAAAUAUAAUAUUGCUUUGCAUAUUGUUCUGCUAAAUAUUUACUUAGAAAAAAUAAAGAUGUUGUUAUUAA